AUGGAGAUUCCAGAUUCUGACGACCGUCCCACGCCCUCCGGCGGCUUCCCCUAUCCUGGUCGGCUUCCUCGUCCUGAUAGUGUUGUUUCGUCCCGCAUGACGGACCUGGGGAGCGACGACGGCAGCGACGCGAGGCAGCAACGCCGGCCCGGCACGAGCCAGCCGAGGGGAACAGAUUCCAGACGCCAGAGCAACACGCUUGGCUUGCCCAGCAAGAGGGGUAGCAUCGCCAGCGUGAGCAACGCUUCCGCCGGGCGGGCACCGAGCUUGACCAACAAGACUCACGUCCCAUCCAUCACGUCGAAUGCCUUUUACCGACCCAUGAGCUCGCAGAAGCUGCAAGCCCAGCGAGGCGGCACACCGAGGCCACCAACUUCGACCCAGUCGUCGCAAGCGCAGCAACACAUCAACGAUCUCGAUGACGCCGCAACGGACCUGGGCGGCAGCGUCAUCGACGAGAAUGCGGCCGCGCACAAUACCACUCCACGGCGCCAGCGUCGCACGAGCGGCGACAACAACAUGCGAGUGCCGUUUCGGGGUGUGGGCAUGGCCGAGCAGGAGAACUUUGAUCGCAUCACGGCCAACACGAGCCCCUCCCACGGCCACAAUGCCAACGGCAGUCAGUCGGAUAGCGAUCGGCCACUGCGGCAAACGUCAAAUGCGCGCACUCGCCCGACCAUCGAUGUGGACAAGUCCUUCAAGGAUCUUGGAAGCCUGCCGAGCCCCAUCAAGUCGUCGCGCUCCUUCCGAUCAAGCUUUCUCCUGCCCAGUAGGAGCGACCCAGGACGGGCUAGUCAGAAUCGAAGCACAGAGGGCGCGGAAAAGCUGACGUCCAACAACUCGUCUCCUCGCCUGCGCCCCGUCGACUCUCCCUCUCAACCGAGACCGCGGCCUUUCCAGCCUCCGAGCCAGAGCAAGAGCCAGGGGCGCGUCUACCAGUACUUUGAUGGAAACACAAUCUUCUGUCUCGGCGGCCGGUGGCAAAACACAAAACACAGGCCAAUCAACGUCGCCACAGGUCUCUUCGUCGUCAUCCCAUGUGUGCUCUUUUUCAUCUUUGAAGCCCCAUGGCUUUGGCGCAACAUUUCGCCCGCGAUUCCCAUCACCUUUGCCUACCUCACGUAUAUAUGCGUCUCAUCCUUCAUCCACGCCUCCGUCUCGGACCCCGGGAUCUUGCCUCGCAAUCUCCACCGGUUCCCCCCCGUAUACGACCAUGAUGACCCCUUGCGCGUCGGUCCUCCCACCAACGACUGGACGCUGAUAAAAUCGGCCGAGGGCAGCGCCGCAGCCAUGGAAGUCCCCGUCAAGCACUGCCGGACUUGCAACAUCUGGCGGCCGCCCCGCGCUCACCACUGCCGCCUCUGCGACAACUGCAUCGAGACGCACGACCAUCACUGCGUCUGGCUCAACAACUGUGUUGGGAAGCGCAACUACCGCUACUUCUUCACGUUUGUCACCUCUGCGACCUUUUUGGCCGCAUAUCUCGUCGCCACCAGUCUUGUCCAGGUGCUUGUCCACAUGGGGCGGGAGCAAAUCCCCUUUGCGGAAGCCAUUGACCAAUUCCGUGUUCCCUUUGCCCUCGCCAUCAUGGGCUUCAUCGAGUUUCUGUAUCCCGCCGCCUUGAUGGGGUAUCACCUGUUCUUGAUGGCGCGGGGGGAGACGACGCGGGAGUACAUGAACUCGCACAAGUUUGCCAAGAAGGAGCGGUACCGGGCGUUCAGCCAAGGGAGCAUCGCGAGAAACCUCAUGGCCGUGCUCUGUCGCCCGCGGCUGCCGACGUACUACCGCUUCAAGACCAAGUACCAGCAGGGCGACCAGCGACUCGGGGUUCGCCGGAGCCACCGCGCGCGGAAGAACUCGCAGGGGCUCGAGAUGGACUCGGUCCAGCCCGGAUCGUCACGGGGGUUCCAGGGGCCGGUGGCGCUGCGAGAGCAGACUCAGGGAUGA